AUGACUGACAGACUUGUAAUUUGUAUUGAUAAAUUAAAUAAUAAACUGAAGGAUUUAUUAGAAGAAAAUAAGAGGCUUAAACAACAACAUGAAAAUCUUCAAGAAGAAAACAGAGAAACCUUACGUAUUAAUUCUAAACAAAAAGAAAUGCUUCAAGAAAGAGAUAAGCAAUUUGAAAAGCUAGUUAUAAAUUUGGAAAAGCAAAAAUUAGAAGGAAAAAAAAGAUUUAAACAACUACACAACAAGCUUCUAGAAGAAAAUAAAGAAUUCUCACGUAAUAAUUCCGAAUUAAAAGCAAAACUUCAAGAAAAUGAUGAACAAUUAAAAAAGUUUCAACAAGAAGUUCUAAGUUAUGAAAAACAAAAAGUAGAAAUCGAAGUAAUUUCUCAAAAUUUAGAAAAAUCUUUAGAAUUGUUGGAAUUAGAUGAUGAAGUUAAUGAGAAUGAAAUUUAA